AUGGAACUCAACCGAGACUAUUUUCGCGCCAUAAUUUAUUACAACUUUCAGAGACAAUUAUCGCAACAAGAAUGCCUUGCUGAGUCACUUCUUAGCGACGAUCCCAGGGUGGGUGCAUCAAAAACGGCAGUCACCCAGGAAAACGUCGAUGCUGUGCGCAAACUCAUCAUUGAAGAUACACAUGUGACAUAUCGCGCGAUUGAGGCGUCCUUAAAAUUAGUUUCUCGUUGGAUACCCCACCUGUUGACUGAAGAGCAGAAAGCAGCCAGGGUUAAUUGGUGUCAAAAAACGCGUGACCGUCUUAAUUCCGGAAACUCAAAAAAUGUGUACAUUGUUAGUGGUGAUGAAUCGUGGAUUUACUGUUAUGAAUCAGAAAAUAAACGACAAAAAGCCAACAAAGUCAUCCGUUCUCGAAGUGUUUCGAAAAAGAUGGUCGCGACAUUUGUGUCAAAAGCGGGUCAUAUUGCAACAAUUCCUCUUGAUGAGCAAAGAACUGUUACUGCGGAUUGGUAUACCACCAUUUGUUUGCCAAAAGUCAUCACCGAGCUUAGAAAAAUCAACCCCGAAAGAAGAAUCAUCGUCCACCAAGACAAUGCAAGCUCGCACACAGCCCAAAAAAUAAGGCAGUAUUUAACGGAAGAAAACGUGGAAUUAUUGGACCAUCCUCCAUAUAGUCCCGAUCUAAGUCCUAACGAUUUCUUUACUUUCCCGAAAAUUAAAAACAGACUGCGUGCAAACGAGUGGAAUAUGUGUUUCGAAAAUUGGUUCGAGCGCAUGCAGAUGUGUAUUAAUCUUCGUGGAGAAUACUUCGAAAAACAAUAA